UAGUUUUUCUUUUUAAAUCUGAUUUGAGCUCUCUGGAUUCCUCUUCUGCUGGGGUCAUGUUCUCCAAGGCCACUUACAACUUUGUCCGUCAGAUAGACCACGAAGGAAGCCUUAUCCCCGUGUCCAGUGUAAAGAACUCCCACAAACUGGUUCCCAUGGCACUCGUCGUCAAGCGCAAACGCUACUUCUGGCAGAAGCCCAGGUACCAUCCGACUGAUUUCACCCUCAGUGACCUGUUGCUGGGUGAUGAGGUGCUCAGCCCUGUAGUCUCUUGUAAGGAUAAUUUCUUGGGAUUCAAGGGGACAUAUAGAGACAAAGUGUCUGCGUCGUUGGACACAGAAGCAGGUCCUGUCAGCGUCACGCUGGAGGGGCAAGGUUCCUCCAUGCUCCGCUCCUGUUUUGGCAAGUUGAAGAUGGAGGAACUGGUUAUAACAAAGCUGCUGAAUGACUCCAGAAACAGAUCAGUGGACAUGCAGCACGUGCUGGUGCAGCAGAUAGAGAAGCGAGCCGAAGUGCUGGCGGUGGUGAAGGAGAGGAUUUUCACCACCAGCCCCUGCUCCGUCACCCAGACACAAAAGCAGCAGUGCACCUUGAAGGGAGUGCUCGGGCUGUUGAGCCUGCUGGGGAACUUUGUUAAGGUGUGUGUGAAGGACAGCAACAACAUCUCCAUGGACAGUGUUGUUUCGUUAGAGAUCCCCUCUGGCACAGUCAUUGCGUACAGCGUACGGGAGCUGGAGAUUAAAAAAGAUGGCCACUAUGUCAUAUGCGUGCAACCCAACACUAAUGGAGGCUUUGAGGACGACUCAGUCAAAGAGUCCAGCUCAUCUGAUUUUCACAUGGAUUCAAUCGACGGCACUUGCAACGGGAGCAAGUUUCAAGUACCAUCAGUUGCUGCUCAGGAUGGAUUCCACGAAACAGACCUCUCCCCUCUGGCAGACCUUCCUCAGAUUACUCGAUGCGCCUUGAUCAAAAAGCUCCAGCAGGUUCUUGAGGAAAGAUCUACUCUGUCACAUCUGCAGUAUGUGCUUGAGGAGUUGUGUAGCUGUGAAACAGCUGAUGAGGAUGUUACAGAAGAAAAGUUUGACAGUCUGACAAAGCCCUCCAUCCCUGACCAGCUGGGUUUGGACCGUGUCACCGAGGGCGGCGUCACCGCGGAGCUGAAGGCCGUUCAUCUCCUAGUCAGUGCCAUGGAAGAGUUGCCGGAUGAAACUCUCAACCUUCUCAGUCAGAGCCGACCUGAUUUCCUGCAAGCCUUUGACAAACUGAUGAGCGGGUUCAACGAGAGCAGCGAGCGUCUCUCCGUCCACUCUCUCCCCAUCUUGCUGCAGGACAACCAGGCCUUCCAGCAGGCCGAGCAGCUGCUGAGCUCCAUCGGCGUCACACUGAGGAGAGAUGCUGAGGAGCUCCGGAUGGAGAUGGGAAGUGGCGAGAGCGUUCUCACGUUGGUUCUCAGCCUCAGCGUGCACGGGCUGGCCUUGCUCUCCACCGGGCUGCAGUAGUCAAGGUGUCUGCAAGGCUGUGCUAAAGUUUUACUGGUUCUUUCUUUAUUGUAAACAUUUAUCAAGUGUACGCACGCUAUAUUUUCUUGCUGUACAAGGUCACAUAGAUUUUAUUUUGUGUUGCUGCCCUUUUAAUAUUCUUUGUGUUAAUAUUUGUUAAACCUAUAUUUUAUUAUUAACAAAUCAAUAUUUUUGUAUAAAAAAGAAGUAAAAUCUAUUGAUGAACGAGCUUGAACUAACUUAGAAGUUAGAAAUGAUGCUGUGGUAAAGCUCUGACAUGCAUUACAAUCAGCCUCUUACAGUAAAAACAUCCACUGAGAAUAUUUCACUGACUCUCAUUGUUGAAAUGAAGUGAUCGAAGUAAAAGCUGUUCAGAAUUAUUAACUUGAUGAAUCCAUAGCAAUUCUGGAUUUAGAGAAAUUGUGAAAUUUAAUGCAGGCAAACUGGAGAAGCUUCAUGUAUGUUUGUGUUACUCUGAAAUAUUUACAUGCUCUUUCUUGACAUUGUUUUUAUCCUAAAGGAUGAUGCUUUGUAUUGUUUUUCAUGUCCGUGAUAAAAAAAAGAUGAAUUUAUUUUCAAACUAUUUUAUAUUUGU